CGUGUGUUUGUGUGAAUGUGUGGGUGUUUGACUAACUUAGAGAAGCUGUGAGGAGAUGAGUUUCAGUUAUCAGUGGAGGAUCUAUGUGAAGAUGAAGCUCCUGCUCAGCAGUCUGCUACUCGCCUCUCUCUGUGCCCUCUCAUCUUGGAGUGUUUCAUCAGACACACUUGUUGUUACCCAGGAUCCUGAUGUCUCUAUCAUGGAGGUGGGGGGGGCAGUCAACAUCACCUGCUGCUGGACAAGCCAGCAUCUACGAGUGGGAGUAAAAUGGCUGAAGAAUCCUAUAAAUGAGACAAUUCAGACUGGAAUGUUCAAGCCUCAAGGAUCUCUGCUAAACAAAGCAUCUGACUGCUCACACUUGAUCCUUACAAAUCUCACAAGAGAGGAUUCUGGGAGAUACAUCUGCAAGGUGUCCGUGGACAUACCAUUUUUAAAUGUGGUUUCUGGAAAUGGUACGGUCAUCAUAGUUAUAAAUAACAACAGCACAAAGGACAACAAUACAAGAGAUCCAAACACAAAUCCUCUACUCAUUCCCCUGGCUGUGGUGGUUCCACUGCUGCUCAUCCCUCUCGUUUGUUUCUGCGCUCUGCGUAGGAUUAAAGGUUCCCAAGCAGCCAGGGUGAUCUACGAGGUUCCCCACAUUGACUCGGAGGAGGUAGAAAUGGACAAACACAGCACCGGCUCCUCCAGAGGAUCUUCUCAGUGGUGUCAGGUACCAGUGUAUGAAUCCUUUGAUUACUUUGAACGUGUCCAGACCAAAGAAAGCGACUGAAGAUCUAUCUGCUGAGUGGCAUUUUCCUCAUGUUCCAGUAUUUUCUAUCUUCACUUUUUAGCCUGAAUAUAUCCACAGUAGUGUAUCCAUUUACCUGACUUAUGUAAAUGAUUUCAGAUGAUGUAAAUAUUUUGUAUUUUUCUACAAACUCUAUAAAGUCUUAUCCGUCUUUGU